CAUACUAAUUACCAAAAUAGACUGGUCACAAACAAAAUAGUGUUUGGGGUACUCUAAUCGUGAAAGACGCUCCUUUAUGGACUCCUGCUGGCGAUGAAACUCAUUUGGACGCCUUUAGAAAGAAAAUAAAUGAGAAAUAUGACCUUCAUUUAGUGUUAGGUGAUUAUGCCGAGCUUUGGGACUGGUCUGGGAAAAAUUACGCUAAUUUCUGGGGAAGAGUUUUUUCACUUUCCUGGAAUCAAGCACUCUCAACCUUACGAUGAAGUAGUUGAUAUUAGUAAAGGAAUAGCAGAUGUCCCUGAAUGGUUUUGUGGCUGCCACCUCAAUUAUGCUGAAAACUUGCCGAACAUCAAAAGGACAAAACAGCGUUAAUAUCACUAGGCUAUCUUCCUAACAGUUCUACUGCACUUGAAGCAAUGCUCACUACUGCUGCCAGUAUUGGAGCAAUACGGAGUUCAACAUCACCUGAUUUUCACUCAACUGGAGUUCUUGAUAGAUUCAAGCAGAUCAAGCCCAAGGUAAUAUUUUCAGUCGAAGCCGUAUGAUACAAUAGGAAAGAACACAAUCAAAUUUGAACAAGUUGAAAACUGUUGUGGACGGACUGCCUGAUCUUGAGAAGGUCGUUAUACAUCCAUUUUGUUCAUCUACUGUUGAUAUAUCUCAACUGAAGAGCAGUAUUUUUUGGAAGAUUUUCUUUCUGAUAAUACUGAUUUAACAUACGAGCAGCUGCCGUUCAACCACCCAUGUUCAUAAUGUACUCCUCUGGCACUACAGGGUCACUUAAAUGUAUGGUACACUCAGCAGGAGGUACGUUAAUACAGCACAUGAAGGAGCACAUUCUCCAUGGUAACAUGACUCAUAAUGACAUCGUGCAUCUUUUAUUACACCACGACUGGUUGGAUGAUGUGAAACUGGCUAGUGUCUUCAUUAUUGAUUGGAGUCACUGCAAUGUGGAUCUAUUAGGGACAGGUGCUAGGUGGCUCGCUGCACUAAAAGAGAGAAAUAUUGUUCCAAGUUCUCCAUUGAGUUCUGCUAGUUAUGAUUAUUUGCAUAAUUGUAUCAAGAGGAACGUUUUACUGGGAUCCAUUACAGGUGGUACAGAUAUCAUAUCUUGUUUUGCUGGUCAGAAUCUAACCCUCCCUGAACACAAAGGAGAGAUACAGUUCAGGAACAUGGGAAUGGCAGUUGAAUGGUGGGACAGAAACGGUAAGCCGGUAUACGAUGAAAGGGGAGACUUUCAGAAAAGACUUUGAAAGACAGAGAAGACUUUGUGAAACUAACCUCUUCAACAUACAUUUGAUGUGAUCAUUAAGAAUGGAGUGAGACAGUAUCUAAUUGAUGAAGAUGAUUUCAGUGUCAUCAUUGAACUGAUUGAUGGUCUGUACUGGAGACAUAAUGGAAUGUGUGCUCAUGGAAAUAUU